UGCUCAACAAUAAGCGAUGUAUUCGUUUGAUCGAACCAAAGUUUAUUUUCAUACGUUUUAAAAUAAAUACACAAAACGCAAAUGGAACUUCUCAUGGCUUAUUGGACACGCGUCACAGUACAAAAUCCUACUCAGCCAGCAGCGACUAUUGUUCUGGAUCAAAGUCGCUACAUAGUGGUUUUAUUUGAUAGAACAUAGUGCAUAAUGGUGGAAAGAAAUCUGUUACGCCUAUAAAUCUAAAAAGUGUGGCUUUUAUAGGUGUAAACCACCUUUCAUUGCAGUUAGCUUCACCAUAUAGGUUAAAUCCAUUUAGUCUGGAUGAAAAGUGUCUGUCAGCAUCUGAUUUCAAGUCUUGCCAAAUAAUUUCAAUUGGAUUUAGAUCUGGACUUUGAUCUGAACAAUUUUGUUGUAGCUCUGGUUGUAUGUUUAGAGUUGUUCUCCAGGAUUACCCUGUAUGUAGCUCCACCUAUCUUUCCAUCAUCUCUGACUCGUUUAUCUGUCCCUGCUGAGGAAAAGCAUCUCCACAGCAUGAUGCUGCCACAUAACCAUGUUUUACCUUGUGAUUGGUGUGUUCAAGGUGAAGUGUUAAGUACAGGAUGUUAUUUAGGAAUAUCUAAGUAAAGAACCAAGAACAAAUCCACAUCAUACUUCUCAAACUUUUCAAAGUGUGUUAUGAAAACCAUGUAGGCUUUUCCUUAAACUUUGCAAUUAUGCUCUUGUUUGUGUGGCUCUAUCACACAGACAGAAUACACAUAACUGGUGUUUGUAUUGUGCCAAAAUGUGAAAAGUGGAAACAGUGGGAAUAUUUUUGCAAGACUUGGCUUUUUCUGCUCAAGACAAGCUUGAAGGACAAAUUGAAAUUAUUCAGGAAGUACAGGGUGGACAGAAGAAAAUGGUGCAAACUUAGUUUCUAGAAGAAAUUUAAAGACAACAAAAAACUAAACACAACAUUUUAAGGACCAUUAAAAAGAAGUCUGAGAAGGUAGUGACUCUUCAAAGAAAUUACAAAUAUUUGUUACAAUAGCUGUUGUACUUAACAAACCUAUUUUUAGUUGCAGUAUGUGCGCCACCUUUUGGCCAUGACAUCAGAGUGCACAAGACGCUUACAUCCAUAGGAACAAUCUGCGAAACCACGUGACCACUGCCUCAUCACUCCCCCUCCUCUUCCUCCAUCAUCCCUCUCUACAGCGCGGAGAUAGCAGCGGUGUCUGUGCGCCUUUAAGAGCCGUAUAUCCUGCUUUCCCUUUGCGUUCUGAUUCUCCAUCGCUGCUCCGUGAGGCCAACGGAAGCAGCAGAAAAGCCACAGAGAUGUCCUCCAGCUCUGCUUUCAACGACGACAAGGGGGGCUCCUCCAGCGUCGGGGAGCCUGAAUAUGGUCACGAUCCGGCGAGCGGCGGGAUCUUCUCCUCGGACUAUAAGCGGCAUGACGACUUGAAGGAGAUGCUGGACAGCAACAAAGACUCCCUGAAGCUUGAGGCAAUGAAACGGAUUGUGGCUAUGAUUGCUCGUGGCAAAAAUGCAUCAGACCUCUUCCCAGCUGUGGUGAAAAAUGUGGCGUGUAAAAACAUUGAGGUAAAGAAGCUGGUCUAUGUUUACUUGGUGCGUUACGCAGAGGAACAGCAAGAUCUCGCCCUGCUCUCAAUUUCUACAUUCCAGCGGGGCUUAAAGGAUCCUAAUCAGCUGAUUAGAGCCAGUGCCCUGCGAGUCCUGUCCAGCAUACGAGUUACAAUCAUCGUCCCUAUAAUGAUGCUGGCCAUCAAAGAAGCUGCUUCAGAUAUGUCUCCAUAUGUCAGGAAGACAGCUGCACAUGCCAUCCCGAAACUCUACAGUUUAGAUCCUGAACAAAAAGACCAACUGAUAGAAGUCAUAGAGAAACUCCUGGCUGACAAAACCACUCUGGUGGCAGGUAGCGUUGUGAUGGCUUUUGAAGAGGUGUGCCCGGAGCGAAUCGAUCUGAUCCACAAGAACUACAGGAAGCUGUGCAACCUGCUGAUCGACGUGGAGGAGUGGGGCCAGGUUGUCAUCAUCAACAUGUUGACCCGCUACGCAAGGACCCAGUUUCUCAACCCAAAUGUCAAUGAGGCUCUGCUGGAGGAGGGGGGUGGCGGUGAUAAAACCUUCUACGGCUCAGAUGAAGAUGAAGAUGAGGACGAGGAGGAGAAGGAGAACAAAGCAGAGGCAGCUGCCAUGGCCAAGAGAAAGCCCUACGUAAUGGAUCCCGACCACCGGCUGCUGCUGAGGAACACCAAGCCACUGCUGCAGAGUCGAAACGCAGCUGUAGUGAUGGCUGUGGCUCAGUUGUAUUUCCACUUGGCCCCCAAAGCAGAAGUUGGUGUGAUUGCCAAAGCAUUGGUCCGUCUGCUAAGAAGCCACAGUGAAGUCCAGUACGUUGUUCUCCAGAAUGUGGCAACCAUGACCAUUAAAAGACGGGGCAUGUUCGAACCAUACUUGAAGAGCUUCUAUAUCCGCUCCACGGACCCAACUCAGAUCAAGAUCCUUAAGCUGGAGGUUCUCACCAAUCUGGCCAAUGAGACAAACAUAUCCACUAUUCUCAGGGAAUUUCAGACAUACAUUAAAAGUAUGGAUAAAGAUUUUGUGGCUGCAACAAUUCAGGCAAUCGGUCGAUGUGCUACCAACAUUGGUGAAGUGAGAGACACGUGUUUGAACGGCUUGGUGCAGCUGCUGUCCAAUCGAGAUGAGCUUGUGGUGGCUGAGUCAGUGGUUGUCAUCAAGAAGCUGCUACAGAUGCAGCCCGAAAAGCACAGUGACAUCAUCAAGCACAUGGCAAAACUAACAGACAACAUCCAGGUUCCGAUGGCACGAGCCAGUAUUCUGUGGCUGAUUGGAGAAUACUGCGAGCAUGUGCCAAAGAUUGCUCCAGACGUUUUGAGGAAGAUGGCUAAGUCGUUUACCAACGAGGAGGACAUUGUCAAGCUGCAGAUCCUAAAUCUGGCUGCGAAGCUCUAUCUCACUAAUUCCAAACAGACUAAAUUGCUGACACAGUAUGUUCUCAACUUGGCCAAGUACGACCAGAACUAUGACAUCCGUGAUAGGGCACGCUUCAUUCGACAGCUUAUUGUGCCUACUGAGAAGAGCGGAGCCCUCAGCAAGUAUGCUAAGAAGCUCUUCCUUGCACUGAAACCUGCCCCUGUCCUCGAGUCUCCAUUUAAAGAUAGAGACCACUUCCAGCUGGGUUCGCUUUCCCACCUGCUGAAUGCCAAGGCUGGGGGCUACCAGGAGCUGCCUGACUGGCCCGAAACCGCCCCUGAUCCCUCCGUGCGCAACGUGGAGGUGAAGGAGUCUGUGCCUGAAUGGACCAAAUGCAGCAGCCGGGAGAAGAGGAAGGAGAAGAAAGUCGAGAAGCCGUUCUACUCUGACUCAGAGGGCGACUCUGGGCCGACAGAGUCUGCUGAUAGUGAGUCUGACUCUGCCAGUGGCUCGGAGAGCAUCAGCAGGAGCGAGGGGAGGGGGUCGGGUUCAGAGAGCGAAGAGAGUGAGGAAGCCUCUGUAUCUGAGGAGGAAGAGGAUAAGCCAGAAAAGAAAACAAAGAAGAGAGAAUUAAAGAAGCCAGUGCAAGAAAGCGAAAGUGAGCAGAGCAGUGAGGAAGAAGACAGGAAGCAUGAGAGGAAGAGUAAACAGCGGAAGAGCGACUCAGAGUCGGAAUCUGACGAGGAAGAGGAGAGUGAGUCCGAGAGCAGCCAGUCAGAGUCUGAGGACUCAGAAUCUGCGGCAGAAGUCAAGAAGAAAAAGAAGGCAGCUGAAUCUAAACCUCCUUCCAAACCUGUCAAGAAAGAGACCAAGAAAGAGAAGAAAGAAAUGUCUCUUCUUGACCUUGAUGAUUUUGAACCAACUCCCUCACCUCAAGUCACACCAGUCAACAACUUGCUCUCUAACAGCCUUGUGACCGACCUGGAGGGACUUUCACUGUCUGACGCCGUCCUGUCACCAGCAAUCUUUUCACAGACCAUCACUCCCUCCAGCGCGCUGAAGAGCUUCGAGCUGCUGCACCGCAUCACAGGUGAGGGACUGUCCGUGGAGUACUGCUUCAGCCGGCAGCCGUUCAGCCCUGAUGCGAACAUGGUGGCGGUGCAGAUGCAGUUCACAAACAACUCCACUUCCAACACCAAGAACCUUCACAUGGAGGACGUAAAGCUCCAGUCAGGGAUGAGGGUCAAGGAAUUCCCAGAAAUAGAGUUGCUGCCAGCUGGUGAGACGGCCACAGCAGUUAUGGGCAUUGAUUUCUGUGACUCAACACAAGCUGCAAACUUCCAGCUGUGCACACACACCAGAAAAUUCUUCGUGUCCAUCCAGCCACCCGUCGGAGAGCUGAUGAGGCCGGUCUUCCUCACAGAGAAUGAGUUUAAAAAAGAGCAGGGUCAGCUGAUGGGAAUGAAUGAGAUUACAGAGAAGCUAACUCUAGACACGAAGUGUCGGAACGAGCACGUCAUUGUCCAGAGAGUGACCACGGCUGCCAACCUCAGCCGAGUCCCCUGUGGGUCAGACCAAGAGUGCAGGUUUGCUGGCAGAACGGUGACCAGUGGCAGUUUGGUGCUGGUCACUGUGGCAACCAGAGAAGAGGGAGCUGCUCAGCUGACAGUCAACUGUGAGAAAAUGGUGAUCGGCACAAUGCUGGUUAAAGACAUCCUCCUCGCUCUCACACAGUGACGACAAGCAGAGAUCCAGCUUGACUUGUGCUCCCUCACUCCAGCCACCUCUUGAAUAUUGUUUAGGACUGGUCACUGCUCCAUCUUCUGUGUUCUCCAGGAAGCCACGUUGGAGAGAAAGUGUGAAAGAGUGUGAGAAGCCAAUGAGCCUUUAGCAUUUAAAAAAAACUCCAGCAAACACAUUAUUCUGCAUCUAAAACCUCUUUUCAGACAACUAUAUAAAAAAUCUAAUACAAUUGUAGCGUUAUCAUUUUUUAGCUGUUUAAUUACCCUCAAUAUGAAGUAUUUUUCAAAUAAGAUAAAUCAAGGAACACAAUAUUUUUCAUGGCCCUAUUCUUAUACCUGGUUUCCAGGAAACAUUGUAGCAAAAUUAACAUUUUCUGCUGUGUUUGUACUCAUUUUCCAUAUGCAAAUUGAAUUUUUUGUGAGAUUUAAAAAAUUCUUCCCAAAGUGAAGGUUUUCAGCUCUGUUUGUGGUUUAUUCAUGUUAACUGGUCAUCCAGAGAUAUGUGAGGUAAUUACUUAGAGGCCCAGUUCAGUGCAGUUCCAAUAUUGCUUUCUGUUCCAGAAACUACAGUGGGGGAACUGUUUUAUGUUACUUUUCUUCCCCACAUCUGGCUAGCUUUUUCCUUACUGUUUUCAUUAAACAUCAGUUGUAAGCUGGUAAAGCUAAUGACUAAAUAGCUGCAACAUUUUAGAAUGAACCUUUAACCUAGUGCUGUUUUAGCCGUGCUCAGGAUUUCUUCAUGUUCACAUUAUCCCCUACCGUGGCUAGAUAGAUGUUACAGUGGUUACCAUUUAAAUCCUAGAUAAGGUUAAGACAUACAGGUUUUCAAGAACAGAAAAAAAUAAUUAGCUGGAGCAGGGCAUUGAAUAUUCAAAAAUACACCAUAACUAAAUGAACUUUAUCUGUUAGAAAAAAAACCUAAUGCCUUACUAUUAGAUAAUCAGAACACUGUUAACUUCUAGGAAAGGUUUUAAAAUUGCUGGAUUGCUGGCACAAUAACCGAAAUGAGUACAUCUGCAGACUGUUAAGUGGGAGGUUCAAAAUUUGAUGUGUUUUGUCACACAAACAUUGAUUGGUUGGUUCAGUUUGCCCUGUUUUCCCUCUUUUUCUUUACUUUCAGCAAUUGCAAGGCAGGACGAAAAUUAUGAAGGUAAUGCGUGCUUCAGCAGUAUAUUUAAAAUGGAGUUUGUAUUUUUUUACUUGUUUAAAUACAUGUCGUUAAGAAGCUAAUUAUUUAAAAUGUAAAGAUACGCCCAUGGAGACAUGUUCAUCCAAUCAUGUAUUUGACUUCUUAGGUUAAGCCUUCCUAUACUGUUGAUAACGCCUUCCCUUGCUGCAGAUGUAGCUUCUUGCACUAAUCAGUCAAAAGGAAGUUAUUUUUCGUUGCUAAAAGUUUAAAUAUCCACAAAAACAAAAACUCCACUUGUUUCUGAAAAACACCAAGAAACAUCUCAAAAGACAUUUUCAAAUAAAAAACAAUUUUAAUAUUUUCCAAAAAAAUUUUAAAUUCUAACCAGUGUAUUUUUUCUGCUCAUUUAUUUCACAAUAGAAACUUGUUAAUUGUAGGUAAAUGCUCUCGAUAGCCUCUGUGUAGCUCAAAGCUCAGAAACAAUUAGCUUAUUCCAGAACGACAUUGUCAAAAAACCGCACUGCAGAAACAUGCUAAAUAUUACAUGGAAAUGAAUGAGCUUUAGUUUUGAUUUAAGAUUGAUUUUGGAAUCUCCAAACAGACCCAAGGUAGCAGUUUGCUGCUUUUUCCCUCUUUUUAUUGGUAAGCUGUGCUAACACGCUAACGGGUUUCAGCUAUUUCUAAAAGCAUUCGCUUAAAGAUAGUCAAGUAAUCUUCAUGACGAUGUGUCAUUUUAUUCAGAAUCCCAUCCGGUUUGAAAAACAUUUUGAACAAUUUUACUACCCAAAUCAUAUUCAGGUCAGAGUUCAUGUAGGUUAUUUUUUGUGACGAUUAAGACAUCCAAUAAUUCAUUAUUUGUUCUGUGAAUUUAUCUUUGCCCUUGGAAACAAAGUCACGAACACAGGCAAUAGAUCAUAACAUUUAAGCAGUCGUGGACAGAGUACUUACUCUUUGUUUCCCCAAACACUGCUUUAGUUGCGAUUAAUCCUAAAACUUCACAUUAUAGAAGCAUGAUCACAACAAGGAAUGUACAGAUAAAGAAAUAUUCAUUUAAUGCAAAAACCCCAAUGAAAAGAGGUUGUUUUCACAGAAAACAUUGGGUAAACCAUCUCCCACAGCAAAUUCACACUUUGUUAUUCCUUUCAUCUCCAGUGGCUUUUACAUAUACAAAGUAUGGUUUAUCAUACCCUGUGUGUGGUUGUGAAUUGUAAUCUUGAGGUAUUGCAAGUGUAUUUAUUGUACAAAUAAAGGUGCAGAUUCAA